AAUUUGGAACUUAAUAUUAAAUAUAAAAAUACCACUGAUCCUUCUAGAAUCGUUAAAUUAAUCGAAGCUCAAAAAAAUCUAAAAGAAGUUAGUUUGAUUCAUGAUUAUUACAUUAAAAUUAAUGAAUCAUAUCACAAAAUACUUGAAGAAUCACUAAUUAAAUGUGCAAAUACCGUUCAAUAUUUGAAAAUAGACUGGAAACCUAUCACAAAUUUUCUUUCAUAUCUUGUAAAUUUAGUAAGCUUAGAAUUAAGUUAUUUUUAUACAAAUUGGAAUUAUUCAGUAUCUUUACCACUUUUAAAAUAUUUAAAGGCUAAUGGCGUCUCAUCUGAAGUUUUAGCAAGUAUUAUUGAAAAUACGAAAGGAAAUCUUAAUGAAAUCAUUAUAAAUUAUCAACAUCACCAUAAUGAUAAAAGGCUUAUUAAGGCAAUUUAUCAACAUUGUCCUAAUCUUAAUUAUAUUAAAUUAUCAUUGUUAAAUA